AAUAAAUAAUCAAGUCAUAAAAAAAUAGUGAAAAUAGUCAACCCCAUCUAUAGGUGGAAAUGUGGAAUUCUAUAAAAGGGAAUCAUCAUUAUCAUUUCGCAGAGAUUAUAUGAACACCCAUUGAAUCUGACACUCAGAUUCCUUCCUACCUAUUUUUCUUUUAACUAUUAUCUUUUUUCUCUAAAGUGAUCAGUUGUCAUUCUCUCAGCUUACUUUUUCUUUUUCUUUUUCCACUGUUAUUAAUUUUUUUUGGUUGAAAAGAGAGGUGAGUAGUGAGACUGAAUUCAGAGGCUGUAAGGAAGAACUAACAAAACCCAGUUUGUCUUCAAAGCAAAAGAUUGCUAGGUGCAAAAGGCACAAAUUCUAAAUGGGUGUUGAAGUAGACCAAGAAUCAUCCACCCAAAAUGAUAUUCCAACAAAAUCAUUAUUAAGAUACAACUCUCCCCUGGUGCAAAUAAUCUUAAUUGGCCUGGUUUGCUUUUGCUGCCCUGGCAUGUUCAAUGCCCUCUCAGGCAUGGGAGGUGGAGGCCAAGUUGAUCCCACAGCCUCAGACAACGCCCUCACCGCUCUCUACACCACGUUCGCCAUCUUUGGCAUACUCGGCGGUGGCAUAUACAAUAUCUUAGGGCCCCAUCUCACCUUACUCUCUGCCUGCUUGACAUAUGUUCUCUAUGCAGGCUCUUUCCUUUACUACAAUCACCACAAGAACCAGGAAUUUGCCAUUGCCGCCGGGGCCCUUCUUGGUGUCGGUGCAGGCCUUUUGUGGGCUGGACAAGGUGCCAUCAUGACUUCUUAUCCCCCACCUGAUCGUAAAGGGACAUACAUCUCCAUUUUUUGGAGCAUCUUCAACAUGGGAGGUGUCAUUGGUGGUCUAAUUCCUUUUAUUCUAAACUACCACAGAACUAAGGCUACUUCUGUUAAUGAUGCUACUUACAUAGCUUUCAUGUGCUUCAUGACCGUAGGAGCUCUUCUUUCCUUGGCUAUUUUACCCCCAAAUAAAGUUGUCCGUGAUGAUGGAACUAGAUGUAGUAACAUUAAGUACUCCAAUGUUUCAACUGAGUUUGUUGAGAUCAUCAAGCUUUUCUUGAACUGGAAGAUGCUUCUAAUAGUUCCUGCUGCUUGGUCUAGUAAUUUUUUUUACACUUAUCAGUUCAAUAAUGUUAAUGGGGUGUUGUUUAACUUGAGGACUAGAGGAUUGAACAAUGUGUUCUACUGGGGUGCACAAAUGAUAGGCUCAAUUGGAAUUGGUUACAUGAUGGAUUUUAGCUUCAAGAGUAGGAGGACAAGGGGUUUUCUUGGAAUUGCAGUGGUUGCAAUUCUUAGCACUGUGAUUUGGGGUGGAGGGCUUGCCAAGCAGGUCGAGUACAACCGAGAAGAUGCAGCCAAAGACGAGUUUAACCGGUUAGAUUUUAAAAUGUCAGGUGAUGAUUUCGCAGGACCAUUUGUCCUGUAUUUUAGCUAUGGUUUGUUGGAUGCCAUGUACCAAAGUAUGGUUUAUUGGAUAAUUGGAACUCUGGCUGAUGACUCUGAAACCCUGAGCAGGUAUGUUGGGUUUUAUAAGGGAGUACAGAGUGCUGGGGCAGCAGUUGCUUGGCAAGUUGAUACACACAAAGUUUCUUUCUUAUCCCAAUUGAUUGUAAAUUGGUCACUCACUACAGUGAGUUAUCCACUUCUGGUUAUUUUGGUGUUCUUUGCUGUAAAAGAUGGUAAUAAAUCUGAAGGAGGAGAUGCCAUAGUUGACACUCCUGUAUCCAAUAAGGCCAUUCUUGUUCAUUGACAAACAAGGAACCUUGAGGAAUUUUCAUGUUAUUAGCAUAGAUUUUUCAUUGUUUUCCUAUUUUCUACCUCUUACACAUAUUUGCACCAUGUUAGCCAAAAGUUAUGAAAACUUUUAAUACAAACAAGAGUGAUGUAAUUUUACUAAUGAACCACACAAAUCAAAAGGUUUUACA